AGGAGAGGGGGGCUUAACCAGCUUUAAUGCCACUGUGACAUUUUUGUAAAUAUAUUUGACUUUUAACACUAAGUUCUGGGUUCUUACCUUUUGUGUAUUGCACAUGUAAAUAAAACUAGUUCUGGAUAAAUAUCAAACAUUCAAAUAUCAGACACAUUUUUAAAAUAAAUGCUGAAAGGGCUCCAAACGGAUGGCUGUGACUCAAGCCGUACUGCCUUCAUUUUCAAACUUCUGCAACAUCUCCGAAAACAUGAAGUUUGAAAAAGGAUUUCUGGAUCUGGACUCCAAGGAUCUGCAGCAAAGUACGGUCAGCUACAAACCUUCCCAGUUCCUGAUUGAUGAGCACCAGGAUGACAGCGAGGGAUGCUGGGACAUGGAGUUCCUGCUGUCUGACUGGGCCAGUGCGUCCCCUGAACGGUCCAACUCUCAAAUCUACACUCCCCAGCGGCCAACCCUACAGGACCAGCUUCACAGUCCAGAUCUUUAUCAGGAGCUGAACGCACCAAAACCAAACAGACAUCAAAUGUGCAUUACAAGUUCCCUAGCUGAGCUGCUUCCUCCUGAAGCAACCUUAAGUUCCUCCCUGCCUCCUGACCUCCUGUUUAAUGGUGGAUAUCUGGAUCAACAAACUGCCAAAUCAUUUUCCCAGGCAGAAAACCCCCAGCAGUUCAGUGCUUUCCCUGUCACUAGUAAUGUAAACAGAGAAAGCAGCAUGGGGAAAAUGGGGAAGUCCUGGGAUUUCGGACAUUACCAUCAACCUGCGCCUCUGAUAUCCUUCCCAGACUCCAAAUUUGUCCAAACGCCGGGGAUCACAAUGGAAACAGUGGUCUUUCCUCCGCAUCAUCACUACAGCUUCAUCCCGAGCUACUCGCACCCCAGACUCUACCAGCAGCAGGCAAACUACAUCCACAGGCCGCCACCGCAGAGCCACUUCCCCUCCGCACAGAGCAUGGUGCCCGACUCCACAGUGCCGCCUGCAGGCCAAGAGAGCAAGCGCUAUCGCAGAGGGCUAGCCAAGAGGAAAGUCACAGUGCACAGCUGUGAAUAUCCAGGCUGCCAGAAGACGUAUACCAAGAGCUCUCAUCUCAAAGCACACCUCCGUACACACACAGGUGAAAAGCCGUAUCACUGCACCUGGGAUGGCUGCGGGUGGAAGUUCGCCCGUUCAGACGAGCUGACGAGACACUUCCGCAAACACACAGGACAGAAGCCGUACGAGUGUCUGCUGUGCCACAGAGCCUUCAGCAGGUCCGACCACCUGGCGUUACACAUGAAGAGACACGUGUGAGGAAAAACACUAACAAAACACAACAAACCACACAAGUUUCGUCUAUUUCAGAGGCUUGAGAGGACCUGUGUUCAGUUGGAGAGAUGCUGGACACUGUUAAUUCAUGAUAAAUAAAGCAUAGGAGCACUAUUAUAAACACAUACAAUCAGUGUUGGGGUAAUGUGUUACAAGUAAUGCAAGUUACGCAAUUAUAUUACUUUUUGAAGUAACAAAGUAAUGCAUUACUUUUAAAAUAUGUAUGUAAUGCAAGUUACUUUUUAGUUUAAUUAACCCAGAUAGUGCACAUACAGUUGAAGUCAGAAUUAUUAGCCCUCCUGAAUUAUUAGCCCCCUGUAUAUUUUUCCCUCAAUUUCUGUUUGG